CAUAGAUAUUGAUAUCCGGCCUACUCCUAAAAGUUAGAAGUAUGACUUUACCGAAAUACUUGUAAGUGUAGUUUCUAAUUCUAUCUCCUAAGCUUCAAGGAACAAGUAUGCUGAUAACAUGAUCUGUAGACGUUGGGUAUCAUGGUGUAUAAGAAGGUAUACUACCUCUUGUUACAAGCUGACUAUGUGGCAGAUAGAUUUUUUGUUUUUCAAUAGAGCACCAAUUGAAAAAAACUAAAACUCCUCAAGUAGUCAGAUUUUUCGGAGGGCCCUUUGCUUGAUUUUCAAAUGAGUCUAGAUACGGGCAUAUUCAUUAUUUUUUUAGGAAGACCUAUCUGAGUGCGUGAUGAAAUAUAUGAAAUAAAAUUAUAUCGCAGUAACCGUAAAGGUAAAAAAACAGGAUUGAGGUUCAGGAGGUUGCUGCUCGAUUCUCGGAGGAUGUGCUAUGCUUACCCUAUAGCGUUUAUUAAGGUGUGCUUGGGUGAAAGCUUUACAGCUUGAACCACGCCAAAAAGAAAAAUUAUUUGUUUUAAUACGUGUCUGAUCUUUGUGGCAUUUCUGGCACGAAAUAAUGACAAAUAGUUAAGGUCGUAGAGAUUAACUUUGUUCUUGAUAUUUGUUCAAUUAAUAACUGAAGGUUCAAAAUACAGCUUUGAUGUUUGAUUUUGGUUAGUACUCAAUGGGUGUUAAACGAUUCCCUCCGUUAUUUUCCAUGCUCUAAGAAAAAAAAAAUACCAUGCAGCUUAUGCGAAGUAAGAGAAGAG